AUGGCCCGUGAAAGAGGAAGCUGCUGCGACUAUCAUGGCCUGUUACACAACGGAGAGUAUGAGUGCCAAAGAAUCAACAUAAACGAAGGAAGCCACAUCGCCCUAACCGGGAGCUACAUUGGACACUUCUUUUCGGCAGAGGGAUAG